AUGACACAGUACUUAACACUCUUGCUAGACUGUCCUGUUGUAAUUGCCACCAUUUUUAUCUCUGGCAUCGGUGGGACAUUUCAGUAUGGAUUCGCUAUAUCUGUGAUGACCUCCCCCUCCGCUUUUAUAAAGGAGCUGGUGAACCAAACAUGUCUGCAGAGAUACGGAGUCUCGUUGCAGCAGUGGCAGGUCUCUCUCAUCUGGUCCUUCACUGUGUCCAUUUUCUGCAUUGGGGGGUUGGUGGGAUCACUGGUGGCUGGUCUACUGAUCUCAAAAUUUGGCAGAAAAAAAUGCCUUUUGUUAAACAAUUUUGUGGCUAUAAUUGGAGCGGUGUUGAUGCUCUUGAGCCAAACAGCCAUGUCCUUUGAGAUGAUCAUGGUGGGACGAUUUCUUUAUGGCAUCAAUUCAGGAGUCAAUCUCUCAGCUCAUACACUGUACCUCGUCGAAUGCACCCCCAAGAGGCUGCGAGGGAUGGUGGGAGUUACAGUCGCUACCUUCAUCUCGAUGGGGAAGUUCUUUGGUCAGCUGCUGGGGAUCAGUGAGUUACUUGGUACAGAGGAGAGGUGGCCUUGGCUGCUUGGUUUCAACGGUUUAACUGCGUUACUUCAGCUUGUCACCCUGCCCUUCCUGCCAGAGUCUCCCCGCUUCCUGCUGCUGGACAGAGGAGACCGCCAGGCCUGUGAGAAAGCUUUAAAGAGGCUGUGGGGUGACAAGGACUACAGCAGAGAGGUGGAGGAGAUGCUGGAGGAGAAAGCUGCCCUGCAGAGCGUUCGCAGCCACUCAGUUAUGGAGCUGAUUCAGAACCAAACAAUCCGCUGGCAGCUCUUUACCAUCAUCGUUGCCUUCGUCACACUGCAGCUCUGCGGCAUCAACGCCGUGUACUUUUAUUCUUUUGAUGUGUUUCGUGCGGCAGGAAUCCAAGAGCACCAGUUACGUUAUGCCGCCUUGGGAACAGGGCUGUGUGAGCUGUGCACCUCUGUAGCCUGUUUCAUGAUAAUUGAGAGUACAGGCAAAAAAAUGCUGCUGUGCAGAGGAUACAUGGCAAUGUCUGCUACACUGGUUCUCCUCAUCAUCAGUCUGUACCUGCAAAGUCAGGUUUCCUGGAUGCCGUACUGCAGCAUGGUCCUCAUUUUCAUCUUCAUAUCAUGUUUUUCUGGUGGACCUGCUGGAGUUACAGCUCCUCUUCCAGGGGAAUUGUUUACUCAGUCAUUCAAAUCAGCCGGCUACACCAUUGCCUGCACCAUCAACUGGACAGGCCUGUUUGUGCUGGGGAUGAUCUUCCCUAUCUUAGUGGAGAAUCUGGAUUACUUUUGCUUUCUCAUAUUCCUGUUUUUUUGCACCAUCUGUGGGCUGUACACGUGGUUCAACGUCCCUGAGACCAAGAAUCUGACAGCGCUGGAGAUCGCUGCAGAGUUUCAGAGGAUGCACUGCAAAUCCGGAAAGUCACAGAGGAAACAAUCCACUGAACAGACACCUGACAGCAUCAAACCAUGCGAGACCAAAUUGUGA